GCGAGAUGCCCAGUUGUACGUGGAAACUUGUCAAGUCUGUCAGAGGGACAAGCCACGUACGCAGGCUCUUCGAGAUGCCCCUUUCGAUUCCGGAACGGCCUAGUGAGAGUUUGUCCAUGGACUUCAUGGAUACUCUGAUCACCAGCAAGAGUGGGAUGCGACACAUCUUCGUCAUCGUGGAUAAAUUUGGUAAGUAUGUUAGGUUAGUAGCAAUGUCGGAAGCAGCAAGGACGGAGUAUGUGAUCCGAAUGUUCAAGGAGAAUUGGGUUAGGGACUUUGGGUUACCGAAGUCUAUUAUUAGUGACAGGGAUGUCCGAUUUACCAGCGAACUGUGGAAGGCCGCUGCUGCAGAGCAGGGAACCCAGUUGCAAAUGACUUCUGGGAAUCACCCAGAGGCCAACGGCCAGGCCGAGCAACUGAACCGCAUUGUACAACACCUGUUGAGGCAUUACAUCAAGCCCAACCAGGUGGACUGGGAUGAGAAGCUUGCACUCAUCGCCAAUCUGUAUAACAAUGCGGUACACAGUGCCACUGGGGUGAGCCCAAACAGUUUGCUACUGACUUUCAUGCCUAGACUACCCUUAGAUUUUCUCCUUCCAGAGAAUCAGUCGACUGCUGCACCAGAGCAGACUAAGGUGGCCACGAUUCUGGGACUGCCGGAGGGACCCGCUUUGAAGUGGGUCACCUCAACCUCCAGCAGUCAGCAGCAGUCUAUGGAGGACUGGGCUUUUGGGCUGGGGGUGGACAGACUUCUGCAGGCCCUAGAGGACCGCUUUGCAAACAAGGAGCGGGCCCGCAAAGCUGCUGACAAGAUUACUCGCUUGGGGCAGCAACGUUACAGCGGUACCCUGCGAUCCUUGUUUGCAGAGUUCGAACAGCUUACCUCUACCCCUGGGUUGGUCAUGUCUACUGAUGAUCUGCUGACCAACUUCUGCAGGGCUGCGCCUGAGAAGUUUGUUGUUGCACUGUACAGCGCUGGGCACAAAGACUGGAGAUCCUUUGGCCGCGCAGCCCUGGACAUGGAGGCAAAACUUCAUGUCCAGGCCCCCUCCUCUGACAGGAGGAAAGGUGCCUUCCCUCGUGGUGGUAGAAAGGGAAAGGCAGCCUUUGCACAUGCAGACUCUGCGUCAGCUUCUUAUUCAGAUUCCCAAGCUGAUACACCAUCAGCUGGGACUGGAUCCGCAGCUGAAACAGAUGUUGCAGCGGCCCUGACUCAGGCUGUUCUGGGAGUUCUGCAGCAGCAGAAGAGAUUCUCCUCCACCACAGCCUCAGCCAGUGCAAAGGGGAAGACAAGGGACGUUGUGGACCAGUAUGCGGAUCUGAUGCAGGAGCCCUUUGGGUUACCCAACCGGCCAACCAAGCAUCGCAUGGAGCUAUUACCUGGACCAGUCCCUCCUAAGGGUCGCAUCUACAGGAUGUCCCCUGCUGAGCUUGAGGAGUUCAGAAAGCAGCUUGAGACCCUGACCAUCAAAGGCUCGAUACGGCCGAGCACUUCUGAAUUUGGGGCACCAGUCCUCUUCGUCCCGAAAGGGAAUGGAGAAUUCAAAAUGUGCAUCGACUACAGAGGUCUCAACAAGAUCACUAGGAAGAGUACAGAGCCACUUCCUAGGCUCGAUGACCUGCUGGAUAUGGUGCAGGGUUGUACAGUGUUCACCAAAGUCGACCUCAAAUCUGGGUACCACCAGAUUGAGAUGGCUGACGAAGAUGUCUAUAAGACAGCCUCCAAAACCAGGUACAGUACUUACGAGUUCUUGGUCAUACCAUUUGGACUUUACAAUGUCCCAGGUACCUUCCACACAGAGAUGCACCGCAUCUUCAGGCCUUCCCUGGACAAGUUCAUGGUUGUCUACCUGGAUGACAUCCUGGUAUUCAGCAGAAUUGCCAAGGAACAUGAGGAGCACCUGACUCUUGUCCUUCAGUCAUUACAUGACAGCCAGUAUAAGAUUAACAGAGAGAAGUCUUCUUUUGGAGUUCCCUCUGCCAUUAUCUGGGUCAUGUAAUCUUUGGAGAUGGCCUGGCUCCUGAAGCAACCAAGAU